UGGUUCUGCGCCGGAUCCGGGUAAGGGGCGGGCGCCAUUGUGCUUCGUUGAAGAUCGCUCUGCUUCAGCCCGUGGCCUAGAACUCCCCAAGAGGAAGACGGCAGAAAUCUUAAAAAUGGAUUCUAAGCCUUCAAGGAUCCCAAGAAGAAUUUCUGUUCAACCCUCCAGCUCUUUAAGUACUAGGAUGAUGUCUGGAAGCAGAGGAAGUAGUUUAAAUGAUUCCUAUCACUCAAGAGACUCUUCAUUUUUACUGGAUUCUGAAUAUCAGUCUACAUCAGCAUCUGCAACACCCUUUCAAUCCACUUGGUAUAGUGAAUCUGAGAUCACUCAGGGAGCACGCUCAAGAUCACAAAACCAGCAACGAGAUCAUGAUUCAAAAAGACCUAAACUUUCUUGUACAAACUGCACAUCUACCUCAGCUGGGAGAAAUGUAGGAAAUGGUUUAAAUGCAGUAUCAGAUUCUUCCUGGAGACAUAGUCAAGUUCCCAGAUCUUCCUCAAUGGUACUUGGAUCAUUUGGAACUGACUUAAUGAGAGAAAGAAGAGAUUUGGAGAGGAGAUCAGAUUCUUCCAUUAGUAAUCUUAUGGAUUAUAGUCAUAGAAGUGGUGAUUUCACAGGCGCAUCCUAUGUUCAAGACAGAGUUCCUUCUUCAUAUUCACAGGGAGCAAGACCAAAAGAGAACUCAGUGAGCACUUUACAGUUGAAUACGGCAUCCACAAACCACCAUUUGCCUUCUGAACAUCAGUCCAUACCAUGUUCUAGGGAUUCCAGCAGAAAUUCUUUUAGAUCAAGCUUUUCACAAAGAGAAUUGGAAUCUCCCCGGAGCAGUACACAGCCUACAUUUUCCUAUAUUUCAAAUAGAGAUGAUACCCCAACCAUAAGCAGUUCAGAAAGAGUUGCUUCAUCUCAAAGAUCAUUUCAAGAAUCUUCUGAAAAUGAAGGAAGGCGUACAACCAGGAGAUUGCUGUCGCGUAUAGCUUCUAGUAUGUCAUCUACUUUUUUUUCACGAAGAUCUAGUCAGGAUUCCUUGAAUUCAAGAUCACUGAGUUCUGAAAAUUCUUACAUUUCUCCUAGAGUCUUGGCACCUUCACAGUCUCGUAGUAAUACAAUGUCAUCUUCUGAAGUUCCAGAUAAUAGGCCAUCUGAAACGUCUCAGGGAUUUCGAUUUCUUAGGCGAAGAUGGGGUUUGUCAUCUCUUAGCCAAAAUCAUAACUCUGAGCCAGAUUCAGAAAAUUUUAACCAGGAAUCUGAAGGUAGACACACAGGACCAUGGUUAUCGUCCUCACUUAGAAAUAGAUGCACACCUUUGUUCUCUAGAAGGAGGAGAGAAGGAAGAGAUGAAUCCUCUAGGAUAUCUACCUCUGAUCUACCAUCUAGAUCACAUCAUAUUUUUAGGAGAGAAGCAAAUGAAGUGGUUCACCUUGAAGCACAAAAUGAGUCCCUCGGGGCUGCUGCCAACAGACCACAAGCAUCUGCAGAAUCUAGCAGUGCUGCCACAGGUGGCUCUACGUCAGAUUCAGCUCAGAGUGGAAGAAAUACAGGAAUAACUGGGAUCCUUCCUGGUUCCUUGUUCCGAUUUGCAGUUCCCCCAGCGCUUGGAAGUCAUUUGACUGAUAAUGUUAUGAUCACUGUAGAUAUUAUUCCUUCAGGUUGGAAUUCAUCUGAUGGAAAAAGUGAUAAAACUAAAAGUGCACCUUCAAGAGAUCCAGAAAGACUGCAGAAAAUAAAAGAAAGUCUCCUUUUAGAAGACUCUGAAGAAGAAGAAGGUGACUUAUGUAGAAUUUGUCAGAUGGCAGCUGCAUCAUCGUCUAACUUGCUGAUAGAGCCUUGCAAAUGCACAGGAAGUUUACAGUAUGUCCACCAAGAAUGUAUGAAAAAGUGGUUGCAGGCCAAAAUUAACUCUGGUUCUUCACUAGAAGCAGUAACCACCUGUGAACUUUGUAAAGAGAAGUUGCAGCUUAACUUGGAGGAUUUUGAUAUUCAUGAACUGCAUAGAGCCCAUGCAAAUGAACAAGCUGAAUAUGAAUUUAUCAGCUCUGGUCUCUACCUAGUUGUAUUGUUGCAUUUGUGCGAACAAAGCUUUUCUGACAUGAUGGGAAAUACAAGUGAACCAAGCACACGUGUCCGAUUUAUUAACCUUGCAAGAACUCUUCAGGCACAUAUGGAAGAUCUCGAAACUUCAGAGGAUGAUUCUGAAGAAGAUGGAGACCAUAACAGAGCAUUUGACAUUGCCUAACUUCAUAUAAAACAAUGGAUGAUCUGUGAACAAGUGUUUAUUAAAAUUGGCAAUUAAGUACUGAUUAAUUUUGUGGGGGAAUGCCUAUUAAAUACAUUUACUAUAUCAAUAUACAUAUAAUGAAUAUAUAUAUAUGCAAAAAUAUGCAUGUAUGUAUAUAUUCAUUCUCAAGUGUUACUGAACUAAAAUUUCACUGCUGGACCUUUUAACAUGGCCAGUGAGUCUGAUGUUUUAUAAACUGGUAAUCAAAAGUAUUUUUCUUUUUGGUGAGUGGGAAAGUAUUACCCUUGUUUUAAAUAUCGAAGCAAUGCUCACUUUCAAAUAUUUUUGUGUGUUCUGAUUACUGUAGUCAUAUUUAUGAAAAAUGUUCGUGCUUUACUCUUGUUAGUGAAAAAAGUGGGAUAAAAUGUUUUCAAAAGAAGCUGACGAAUGGUACCUAUUAUUAUUUCCUAUUAUUUUGCCUUAAGUUGCAGUCUCAUUUUGAUAAUCAUUUGCUUCCAGUGUUU